CUAGGUGGCUUUGUGCAAGCAGACAGAGUGGAAGCGACGUAAAUAUAUGUAGAUGGACUGACGAAUCCCACAGAGGGUUGCCACACCCAGGUCAAGUAACGGAAUCAGGGAGAAUGAACUGGACCAUGGAGAGGCUAGAACAACCAGCUAAGAGUGAGACAGCGACACAGCCAAUGGAGAGCGAGACAGAAGCCCAAUCUAUAGACCCUCAACCAGUAGACAGUGAGACAGGGGCCCCAUCUAUAGACCCUCAACCAGUAGACAGUGAGACAGGGGCCCGAUCUAUAGACCCUCAACCAGUAGACAGUGAGACAGGGACCAGAUCUAUAGACCCUCAACCAGUAGACAGUGAGACAGGGACCAGAUCUAUAAACCCUCAACCAAUGCUGGAGCUUUUAUCUACCACUAGGGAGGUAGAUUUGGAGAGCGCACCAGAGUUGACUUGUCCCACUAAGAUGGUUUCUGAUCUGUCCGAUGUCUCUAUAGAGUCUAAUGAUCGUGAAGAGGGGGCUCUAGAUUCUUCUAUGGAUGUAGAGGAGGUGAAAGUGUGUAACAUAAUGCCUCGCAAACUAUUCAUCCCUCCCAAGAAGGACAGACUGGAGCCUCUGAAGAUGGACAUGUCUAAGUCCGUGGUGAUGCCUCUAACAUCUUCCCAGCUCUCCUUGGAGUGCCUGGAGUGCCACAUCAUCUUCAGCGAUCACAAGAGCAGGGAGCGCCACCUCAAGCUGAGUCACCCAGCGCAGUACGAGCAAUGCAUCCUGGGGGAUGCCAUGUUCGCCUGCUACGUCUGUGACCGUCACUUCACCAACUCCACUGACCUUAUGACCCACCAGCGGGCCCACACCGAGAAGCAGCCGUUCAAGUGUCCCAUCUGUGGCGACGCCUUCUCCAGAUCCUCAGAGCUCACCCUCCAUAAGAAAAUCCACAUAGGUCAGCAUGGCUACACCUGCUCAGUCUGCGGAAAGCCCUGCAAGACUCUGACCCUGCUGAAAUAUCACAGCCGCACACACACAGGGGAGAGGCCGUAUGUGUGCAAGGACUGUGGCAAGCGUUUUAGCAUGACCAAGGCUCUCCAGAAACACCAGCAGACACACUCGGUGGAAGGGUCGGAAGGAAACGAGGAAAUCCAGACUUCCUCUGCAAAGGCACUUCAGAAGAAAAAUGGUUUGUCUGCAGUGAAAUACCCCUGCUCAAUAUGCAAGGCCACCUUUAAGACCGACAAAACACGAAUGCACCACAUGAAACGCAAGCAUCCGACUGAGCCAUUGGCUGGACAACAGGUGAAACUGGGAAUGCCUAUUAUAACCCCGGCCCCCAUGUUCUUCCCACACUUGGAACCCCUUGGACCCCUUCAACAAGUAGACAACAUAGACACUGAACAAAUCCGCAAACUCAUCGAGUCUUUGGGAAACGUACAGAGAGUCAACCAGGUGGUUGUACUGGGGCAGGUACCACCUCAUGCCCAGCCUCUGGACCUGCAGCGGUUCCAGUGCAUUGGAGAACCAUUGCAACUACAUCUUACUCCUCCACAGUUGGAGCUAGUGGAGUUGAAAGAGACUGGGUCAUUAGAACUGGGAUUGACGGUCAUGCCUUGUGAGGGGACAGCGAUAACGAAUACAAUACAGCCAGUCGUACUAGACGAACAAAUGGAGCACCCGUCACUUUCACUCACACGGGCAGAUGAAUGCGCUUUCCCGGUGGAAAAAGCAGGGCCAACAAUAGUUGAGGCUGAGGAGGUGCUGACACACAGAGGGGAGAUGAGGCCUGAGCAGCUUCUUGAACCGGCAGAGACCGGACAGAGAGCAGAAGGUCAUUCUGCGGAUCCAAACGUCUCUCAGAGUGAGGGGGUUGAACUGGAACAAGUCCAAGAGCAAACAGUCGUAUUGGAACUCACGCCAUUGGUACCGACUCUGGAUAUGGAACUGCCUCCAACCGUACAGGAAGGGCUAAUGUCUGAAUCCUCUCUGGUGCCAAUCACUGAACUGGAGCAGACCUCUGGCCAAUCUCUAAUAGGUCAGUGUGAAUUGAUGCCUGUCCCAACUCUUACCCCAACGGUUGAGUUAGAGUUGACAACUUCCUCUUUGGUACAGACAGUGACAUUUACUCAAACUUCAGAACAUGAAAGUAAUCAGGGACAAGGGGAAACCGCACAUACAGAAACGAGUAGUGGAGUUGAAGUAAUUUCCAAUCUGGAAAUUGACUCGGCUAAGCAGAAGGUGGACGAAGUUGUACAGGACUCCACUGAGAAACAUCCAUUGGAAGAUGGAGAGAGGGAGAAGGGCCUUGGCAUGCCCGAUAAUGCAGAGGAACAGGGGUUUCAUUCUAAAGUAAACAGCAUAAAACAUAAUGUGUCACAGACAUCUCUUCCUCCACCAGAGACUAAACAGCUUAAAACGGUUUCACAACUACCAAUAAAUAUGUCAGUUCAAGAAUUUGUAAAAGUACGGAAAAGAAAACAGGCUACGUUGCAGCAUAGUUUGGAGGCAAUGCAGAAUGUUGAAAAACCUGUCAAACGGCGAAAAACAAAAAAAGCUCGAUUAGUUGUCAAAUUUGGCCCCAAAGAGAAAAAAGAGAAAAAGAGAAAGUCCAAGAAGCCAAAACCUUCCAGGCCUGUCAAGCUGCUUCAGAGAGAAGUGCAAACACAACACCAAAAUGAAAUGUUUGUCUCAACGCCAACAAAUGAAGACAAAAAAGUGCCUUCAAAACAAAAGUUGGUGAAAGAAAAAAAUGACAAACAAAGGAAGAUGAUAUCCAAAUCUGAAAUCAAAUCCACCAAUACGGUCAAUAAUUUGCAAGUGCAACAAAUGCAAGUAACAUCUAAGAAAAAGAAAAUGAAAAGGAAUAAAGAUGCAAUUCACGAGGGUUCAGAGCAGUCAACUGAGCACGACACCAUCAUCUCGCCAAAGCCACCAAACAAAAACACACAGACACAUCUACAGGAAGGCCAGCCUAAGAAAACAAAGGAUGGCAAACAGCCCAGGAAGGAGAAAAAGAGAAAGCUAGAAGAGGCUAAUCUGGAAAAGAUGAGCCUUCUCUCAUUAGAGAUACCAGACCCCAAAUUAGCACAACAGUCCUUACUUUUACUUAAAGGCCAUAAACAACCCCAGUUAAAAGUUUACAAAUUAGAUGCCUCGCAGGCCUCAGAUGAACCUCCGGAGCCUCAGUCCCAAUCCUCUCCGAGUAAAGGCAACACACUCCGACAGAGGAGGAACGGCCCAGGUGGUAAAUCCCUUAACAUGCUAAGUGUUGGAAUGCAGAAAAAAGUGGGGAGGCCCAAGAAAAACCAGAAAGGACUUUCACUGUUGACGUCUCUCUUCACCACCUUGCCCUCUGACUCACAACCCACCAAGCCAAAGAAAGCUCCCAGAAAGCGCAGUGGCACCUCCAAGGUGGAGACCGAGGGAGUCAUCUCCUCGUCUCAUUCCGGCCGAGCCCUUGAGUGUAACGACUGUGGGGCAAAUUUCAAUGAGGUCUCCUCCCUCCAGGGACACAAGGCAGCCAUGCAUGCUGUUGAAAGCCCCGAGCUGACUUACACCAACGGCAACAUCUUUGAGGGCGUUACGGGUUCCAACCUAGGCAAGGCUCCAAACGUGAGUACAAAAUCGAUUGAAAUUCCAGUGAAUCCAAACCCAUUUGGCAUGCACGUCGCUUCAGACUGGGACGUGGAAGCAGAGGUGGGAGAAACAGCCUCAAGUGACAAAGAGGGGCAAGGGCUUUCUUUCCCAGCCCUGAACCCCUCCCCCUCACUGGCUCUUGCUGAAGGUGAUGGAUGUGAAGACAGAAACCUUCAGGGCCAUGGUGAUCCUCCAGAGCACUCAACUCCAUCUCACUCUCCUCCACCGAUUGUCUCCCCGGGUCCUCUCAUAUCUGACCAGGCAAAACCCCUCGUGUCGGGCCAGUCCCCUCCUCACCUCACGUCCAUAGAAACCCUCGACACCUCUCUCCACGCCGAGGCUGGCGGGCAUGUGGCUGGGGAGGGUGUCCCAGAGAGUCAGAGCCAUGUGCAGGAGAGCCGUAAGAUUUCCCUAACUCCAGAUUAUACUUCUGAACACCAAGCUCCAGUAGAGGAUGAUAUUAAGGAGGAGUUACUUUUGGAGGUGGAUUUAGUCACUGUAGGGGAACAAAAUGAAAGAGAAGGCCAGAGCUUGUGUCAAAAGAGUACCACAGGUCAGACUGUAAAAGGAUUGAGUCAAAGCGAAGUAGAGAACACCCAUGAACCCCUUACACAUGAGGAUCUGAAUGAAAAUGUUGAGAUAGCUGAAACGAGGCCAAGCACACAGUCGUCCUCCAGCUCCACAGAGCAUCCAGAGAUCAAGCAAGAGGAGGAGGAGAUACUCGUCCAAAGAAAAGAAGAGGAGAAGAAGGGAGUUGCUCCAAAGAAUGUGGCUAGGCGCAGAAGGAGAGGAUCCGGGCGUGGAAGGAGAACACCAAGGGGACGUUUAGACGGAGACAGCCAGAGACGGGUACGUUCAGACAAAGAUACAGAUGAAUGUCAGGUUGUCUGUGAGCAGCCCUCGCUCCCUGUCGAUUCAGAGAUGAAAGAUGACGUACAAAUUGGUGCUCCGCAACCUUGUCGUGUGGCAGCUUCAAGUGUUGAGCCAGAGAUCGAUUCUAGACCGGAGCCCCACAGAGACAUUGUUCCUGCUGCAUCUGCACCAAACGUGCCGUCUUCCCUUGAGGAGUCACCGGAGGAGCAGGUCGUUUUUGAGCUGGAGUCGGUCACCACCAGUGUGGAGGAAGUGCUGAAGUCAGAGGAAGGUUUGGGAAUUGGAGUGGGGGAGCAGGACAGAAACACUGUCCAGUCUCCAGGCAUCAUACUGGAGAGGUUCCUUACCUCGAGACGCAGAGAGGGGGAAGACGAGGAGCAGCGCUCUGAUUCACCUUCUAUAUUGCACAGCUUUCAGACCAAACCACAUUCAGAGCCACAGCUCCAACAGGGUAUUAAGUCUGUUCUGGUGAAGCAGGAGAUGACCGUUUCACAGAAUGAUCCUCCGGACGCAGUGGGGCAGAAGCAGAUCAGAUGGAGUGUGGAGCAGGUGGACAUUCAUAGCGGCCCAGGUUUACAGCCAGACAUGGGUGAGCGGAUCCAAGCCUCUUCUGUUGACUCCAGUGUCAGGCAGUGCAUCUUCUACCCAGUGAAGCAGGAGGAGAGAGAAGUUCUUCUGGAGCCUUCUCAGAGUCACCCUGGGGUCUCCUCCUCAGGGGAGCAGGAAGAUCAGUUUGUAAAACACCAGGCCAUGCCAACCUUUGGUAGACUGCAUGACAGAAGCUCAGGAGAAGAGCGUGAAGGGAUUGACACAGCAGAGGACAUUCUCUUUUUUCCAGGUGAACUCGACUUUGAACAGCAGGACACUUCUGAGCUUCUAGAAUUUCUCCUGAAUAGUUCUGAUGAUGAAGAUUCUGUUGAUAUGGAAUUAUGUAAUCCACAACCUGACUCAGAAGCCCUGCUUAUGGCGGGUUUUCAAAAUCAACAUGGACAACAUCAUCCAAAUGAAACAACAACAAUCAAAAUGUCGACCUGUGAGCCUCAGGCUCAUUCCAGAUCCACAACUGGAUCAUCCUGCGCACAAAGAGAUGGAGAAAGAAAUAGCUGUGGAAAGCCCAUCGAUUACUUCCUCAGGUAUCUCGGCUGGGAUACCUGGGCAGAUAUUGCCAACUGUACAAAUAAAAUGUCCAAACUGACAAACCCAGUCACAGCCAAAGAAGUCUGUCAGUUUGUUGGUAUCCACAUUGCAAUGGGCACUUUAAAGUUUCCCAGUUUACAACUCUACUGGCAGGACUUCACCAAGGUUCCACUGAUUGCUGAGGCCAUGUCGGCCUCCCGGUUUUCACAGAUUUCCUGCAAGCUAAAGCUAGCAUCUCCACCCAUUGACAACGUUAGGGACAUAAGAUAUGACGAAGGUGCAAGCCGAGCUGGUAACAAUAGUAACACUGACAUGCCUAGGGACACGGGAAGAGAUGAGGACAGAGCCCAAGACACUCCAACUCAUCUCAUCGCUGGCCCAGUUACAACUGGGUCAGACAGGAGUGGCCAAAGUCAUACAAGUCAAAUGCAUGACCAAAGUGCUAAGUUUACGACAUGUAGAAACUCAAUCCCUUCUAGAAAUGUACAAAGGUGUGCAGAUCAACAAAACUGCUGUGCGACGAAAAUGGAUCCCCUUUGGAGGGUCCGACCCAUACUGAACCGCAUCCAGGCAGGAUGUGAGAUGCUUAGGCGAGAGGGGGACCAUGGAAUUGACCAAUAUACCAUUCCUUUGACAGCUAGGGCAGUCAACCACAAUGACAACCAGCCCUCCCUGAACAGCACUGUCUUACUAGGAUCCUCUGGUAUGAUCCUACAUUUGGAUCUAAGUUUGGAUCUGUCUGACAAAGAGGGCACGGUUGAGAAAAUGGUUCCCAGAGAUGGGAUGGUGUAUCUCUGUAAGCAAGAGCUCUCAACCCCAGCCAUGCUAGAGCGCCUCCUUGAGUCGGGUGUUCAUAGUGCAGGCAAAGUGGGUGGAGCUCGGGGGCAGAUUGGGGAUGAGUUUGUCAGUUCAGAUGGGAAAUUGAUGCUCCGCAGAUCCCAUCAUGGCUUCAUCCUGUCCACCGUAGGUAAGAAGCAGCCAUAUGUAGCAUCUUUGGUCGACAAUUUUGAAAUAGCAGAAAAGGCUGCCCAUCUUAACAAAGACUUGAGAGAACUUUACCGCACCCCGUGGUCAGCAUCGGCCGCAUCCCGCUGGCCCCAAGUAGUCCUUUGGUACCUUACAGAUGUGGCUCUGGUCAACUCAUGGCUGCAUUACCGGCAGGACCGCCAUCCUGGGCCGAAGCCGGAGGCUUUGAACCUCAUGGCAUUCCGGUUGGAGGUUUCCAAGGCCCUCAUCCUAUCCAGUGGCUCCGACACCCAGGACUCGAUUCCUCCACAACCACCAGCUCAGACAGUGCAUACCCAAGGUGUGCUUCCGAAUCCUGGUCUGAUGCAGGUAGGGCCUCUGCCAGAUGCAGCCACCCGGUACGACGGUUCGGGCCACUGGCCUGAGCAGGUUGGGGAGGGAGAAGAGAGCAGGUGUCGCUUCGGAGGAUGUGAGCGAACAUCUCGGGUGCGGUGCCUCAAGUGUUGUGUGUUUCUCUGUAUCUCUCGCAACCACAACUGCUUCUUGAAUUUCCACAGUCAUGGGUUUUUCUGAUUGUUAACCAGUAUUGUUUAUCUCUAUUGUUUAUCUCUAUGAACCAGAUUGAAUCAUGUGUUAUUUAAAUGGUUUUAAUUAUUUCUCCUCUGUCAAACAGUAUUUCUCUUUGCACGCUUUCACCAUCUUGCCUUUUCGGUGUCAGUUUCUGUCAUUUUAUUGCCGCUGUACAAUAUUUGUUUUGGUUGUUAUGGUUCCCAAUAAGAGUUUCCUUCUCCUGUGGUAUUUAUUAGAAGAUGCUUUUCAGCUAGUUCUUCUCCCUUUUAUCAGAGGUCAGCAGGUUUUUGAGUGUAGCCUAUCAUUGUCUUGUGUAUGUUUGAGAGAAAUUUUAGAUUUGCAUUGAUGAUGUAAAUACCUUGAACAGUAGUAAUUAUCAGGAGACUAUUCACUCCUGAAAGGUUUCCAAAAUAGUGCAAGAAACAUUUAGAUGAUUGUGUGUGUGCGUGGCCUCUUGACUUCUAUGAACCUUAUUUCAUACACGAAAUACUGUGUAAUUUAAUUGACCAUAACUUCAAAAGAUUAAAAACAAUAUGCC